AUGCCAGACAAUCUGGUCUGUCAUCAUUGUCCUCAUCGGACAUUCCGCGACGAAGUCGAGUUUGAAGCUCAUUGUCUGGUACAUGGAAGGACACAAGCGGUCCUUCGUCGGAAGGGGGACCGCACCUACGGCGCUCGAACCAGCUACAGCACAACCGUCCCCACGACGAACAUUCCCUCUCCUGGGCCAAUUUUGCCCGUGACCUCUGGAGAUCAUGGCGGAGCACAGAGCUCGAGGCCACUUGCUACCGUGUCAGUCAACGAGACCCUGGGCGGAAAUAACGGGCCACAGACGCAGCCGGUGUCCCCGUUGAUCGGCCACGAUGGCGAUGAUGUUUAUGAUAAGCUCGCGACGUUUAUGGCCCAGGACAAGUCGUUUUUGUUAUUUCGGCGAUUCUCAACGUUGAACCUUGAGAUACUUCUCAAGAUGCAGGCCGAAAUUUUCGAGUUGGAGAAGAAAUUCGUCCAGGCUAAGGCGUCUGGCAGCUCCGACGCUGUUUCUACGGGCGAGUUAGUUGCCGAAAAGCUGCACCGAUACAAUGCAGCCCUUCUGCAGUAUUCGCAGCUUUCAGGGCUUCAUCAAGCCGAGAAGAUCUCCAUAUCGGACCUCCGUCAGUACAUAGUUAAUGUGGCAAAGGCCGAUACGCCGAUACAGCGGCUACUCACAGGGGACGAUGCCGAUGAUGCGGACUUUGUGUCCUUAGAUCGAGAUCGAAUCCCAAAGAACCGGAUGUACAGGCUUGUAGAACGUCUGACAUGGCGGUUUUUCACCAAGACGGCAGCAGGGGGGAGGAGAAUCGAGCUUCCCCAGCAAGGGACUCUGUAUACCUUCGACGAUAAUAUGGUCCAGACGACGUUUCGGGCUAUGAUCACGAUACUCACCUUCGUUGUCCUUCUGACACCGAUUGUUGUUCUCUCCUACUUGGAAAAAAAACGGAAAAUGCUGGUCGUCAUUGUUGUAUGCACCGCUGCCGCAGCGACCAUCAUGGCGAUGACAACAAAUUGUCGUGAGCAUGAAAUUAUGAUUGCUGCAUCUACUUAUGCGGCUGCUUUGCUUGUAUACAUUUCGGAUUAG